AUGGGUCGUAAACACUUAAAGAAGAGGAAAGUCUUAACAGCUGUUUGGGAUAUUGGAUUGGUGGUGUGGUUUGGUUGAAUUUAUAGAGAUUUAAAAUGGCGAAUCUUCGCGAAACCGCAGACAAAGCUUUAAAAAUGUUGCGAACAUUACCCCGUGUUCAAAUAGGAAACUUAAGACCUAAUCCCAAUUCCAAACAAAAUGACAAAAGGGGACGUGCCCAACAUGGCGGCGAUAAGCAUGGUGCCGGCAACAAAGGUUCCGGUCAGAGACAAAAUUUCAUGCGCCUUGGUUAUGAAACAGGCAAUACCCCCUUCUACAUGCGUUUUCCUUACGAACCCUACUAUAAGGGUCAUCAUUUGCGCCGACAGUAUCCACCCAUUUCAUUGUUGCAACUGCAAGUAAUGAUUGAUACCAAUCGCAUUGAUGUAUCACAACCCAUCGACCUGUCUACCUUAUGUAACACCGGCUUGGUAUCCAUUGAUCCAGCUGCGAAAGAAUUUGGCUUCCAAUUAACCGACGAGGGUGCCGAUAAAUAUAAAGCUAAAAUUUCUAUAGAAGUUCAGCACGCUAAAGAGUCGGUAAUAGCAGCCAUUGAACGCAAUGGUGGCGUGAUACGCACAGCCUACUACGAUCCCAGAAGUCUACAUGCCCUGAAAAACCCCAAAAAGUGGUUCGAAAAAGGUGUACCUAUUCCAAAGCGAAUGCUGCCUCCCCAAGAUGCCAUGAGUUACUAUAUAUCGGCUGAAAAUCGUGGUUAUCUUGCUGAUCCCGAAGAGAUUAGUAAGCAUCGCCUUGUGUUGGCACAAAAGUAUGGCUACGAUUUGCCUAAAAUCGAAGAUGACCCCCAGUACGAAAUGUUAACUGCAGCCAAAGAUCCUAGGCAACUAUUCUAUGGUUUAGAACCAGGCUGGGUGGUCAACUUAAAAGACCAAUGUAUAAUAAAGCCCAAAUAUGAAACUUCAACAGUAUAGAUGGUAUUUUCGAUUAAGAACUGUUAAGGCAUCAUAAUUGAAAUGCUUUCGUGUGUUUUUAAUAUUAUAAUUAAAUUAACAAAAAAGAAAAAUUCAAAUUGUAAA